AUGGUCGAAGCAACUCUAGAGGGACAAGUCGGUGUUGUCACCGGCGCAGGCUCAGCCUAUGGCAUUGGUCGUUCUAUAGUACUUGCAGCAGCAAAAUCCGGAGCAAAAGUCGUCUACGCCUGCGACAUCAGCUCGAGCUACUUUGCAGAUCUCCAAGAGACUGUGAAAGCCACCGGAUACGACACGACAGUGGAAUGUCAUAUCCUCGAUAUUUCAUCCGAGGAACAGACGCUUAUCCUAAUGCAACAUAUAUUGAAGAAUUAUGGUCGUUUGGACUUCUACUUUGCCAAUGCAGGUUUUGUGAUAUAUCGUGGUCUGAACGACCUCUCGGUGUCACAAUUCGAACGCGCAAUGGCAGUCAUGCAAACCGGAACCUUUCUCGCACUGAAAUACGGCUCCCAGGCCAUGAGUGUGACAUCCUCGGACAAACCCACUCCAAAGGGAAAUAUAAUAGUUACCUCAUCGUGUGCAGCACUCAGCGGUGCAUUUGCAGACAUGGCAUACACAACAGCGAAGAAUGGCUGCAAUGGUCUCGUGCGAAGCGGCUCUGUUCAACUGUCCUCUAGCAAUAUCCGCGUUAAUGCCGUUGCGCCUGGUCCUGUCGCUACAAGCUUAUUGUCUACUUCAAGACUUGCUGAAGAAGGUGUGGAAUAUAAACUUGAAAAGACGGUCGAGGAAAUUCAGAAACGCUCGGCUAGUGUCUAUCAGGGGUUUGGAAUAGGUGAAGAGCAGAAAUACUAUUAUAAUCGAUGCAGUGCGCCGGAGGAAAUUGCCAAUGUUGCUAUUUUUUUGGCUUCAGACCUGGCAUCGGCGAUUAAUGGUCAGAUUGUUGUUGCUGAUAAUGGGAAGACAGUGGCGGCGACUGGGGAGGCUUUCACUGGACCGGUUCCUCCUAUCAAUCCAUUUAAAUUGUAA